AUGAAGCAGGAUAGCGAGAAGCUAGGAAGGUUCCUGAGAAAGUGGAAUGGGGAGACUGAGAUAAAAAACAACGCCAAACAGUGGGCAGGCAUAGCAGAAGGUAACCAGUUAGCAGCAGCAUCCUCACUGAGGCUGGUCCUGGUGGGCACAUCUGGCUGUGGGAAAAGUGCCACUGGGAACAGCCUCCUCUGCCAGCGGGUAUUUGAGUCCAAGCUGGGGGCCCAGGAUGUGACCAGGACGUGCCAGGAGGCCUCAGGCACUUGGAAUGGGAAGAACAAGGUGGUUGACACACCAUCCAUCUUUGAGGCAAAGGCCCAGGACCAAGACCUGUACAAGAACAUCGGGGAUUGCUACCUGUUCUUAUCCCCAGGGCCCCAUAUGCUGCUGGUGGUGACAAAGCUGGGCCGCUUCACUGCCCAGGACACGGUGGCAGUGAGGAGGGUGAAGGAGAUCUUUGGGGCAGAAGCCAUGAGACAUGCGGUAGUCCUGUUCACCCACAAGGAAGACUUAGGGGGCGACUCCUUGGGUGACUAUGUAGUCAACACGGACAACCACAGCCUGCGGAGCCUGGUCCAGGAGUGCGGGAGGAGGUACUGUGGCUUCAACAACAAGGCCACUGGGGAGGAGCAGAGGGAGCAGCUGGAGGAGCUGAUGGCUGUGGUGGAGAGCCUGGAGAGGGAGCACCAGGGCGCCUACUACACAAAUGACCUCUUCUUUGAUGCACAGAUGCUCCUGGGAUGUGGGGGUGGCACCCGCGGAGAAGAGCACAGGUGCUACCUGGCCAAGGUGCAAGCUCACGUUGAAAAGCAAAGGCGAGACCUGCAGGAGGCCUGGAGAUACUGGGUGUCCAAGGCCGUCCACAGAGUCAAAAAUUGGAUGCUUUCUCACAUUGGGUUAUCUGCUUUUCUUGUGACAUACAUUUUGAUUUUCCUUGCCAUUUUAAUUAACUUGUGUAUUACUAAUGGUCGCUGA